AUGAUCGUUCUCAUAAAAGGUCCAGUUCCAACAGCAGCCCCUACUACUGAAGCACCAAAAACUGCAACACCACACAGUAGCUCCUACUACUGCCGCAGCAACAACUGUCGCACCUACAACCGCCGCACCUACAACAUCAUUCCCUACUACUGCAGCAUCAACAACUGCAACACCUACAACAGCAGUACCAACGACAGCAACACCAACAACUGCCGCACAAACAUCUGCUGCACCAACAACUGCCGCACAAACAACAGCCGCACCUACAACAUCGGCACCUACAACAGCCGAACCUACAACAGCUGCACCUACCACAGCAGCACCUACAACAUCGGCACCUACAACAGCCGCACCUACAACAGCAGCACCUACCACAGCAACACCAACGACAACAGCGGCACCUACCACAGUUGCACCUACCACAGCAGCACCAACAACAGCAGCACCUACAACUGCCGCACCAACAACUGCUGCACCAACAACUGCCGCACAGACAAAAGCCACACCUACAACAGCCGCGCCUACCACAGCAGCACCAACAACAACCGCACCAACAACAGGAACCCUUACUACAGCAGCACCAACAACAGCAGCCCCUACUACAGUUGCACCAACAACUGCCGUACCUACAACUGCCACACCUACAACAGCAGCCCCUACUACUGCCGCACCCAAACAGACGCACACAACACCCGCCACACCCACAACAGCCGCACCUACAACUGGCACACCAACAACAGCUGCACCUACAACAGCUGCACCUUCCACAGCAGCACCAACGACAGCAGCACCAACAACAGCCGCAACUGCAACAGCAGCCCCUACAACAGCUGCACCUACCACAGCAGCGCCAAUGACAGCCCCACCAACUACUGCCUUGCCAACAACAUUAGCACCUACAACAGCUGCAGCUACAUCACCAGAACCUACACCUGCAACACCUACAACAUUAGCAGCUACAACUGCCGCACCAUCAACAGUAGCACCUACUACAGCUGCACCAAUUACAGCUGCACCGACAACAGCCGCAUCUACAACUGCCGCACCAACAACCGCAGUACCUACGACAGCUUCAGCUACAACACCAGCACCUACAUCUGCUGCUCCAACAACGGCAGCAUCAACAACAUCAGCACCAACGACAGCAGCCCUUGAACCAGUUUAUAGCCUCUCAGCAGACCUUUCUUCUGUACCUUUUUCAGAUGCCCUUUCUGACUCCACCAGCACUGAAUUCAAAACUCUUCAACAAUCAGUCAUAAAAACUUGUAAUGCGAUAUACCAAAAACAUUUUGGAAGAAAAUUUAAACGAUGCAAAGUCAAAAAGUUCAGGGCCAUACCUUCACGAGCAACUGGAACUGAAGCAACAAUUGAGGUUGUGUUCGAUAGUACCACUCCUAUUGCAGAUCUCCCAGAGAAUAAUGUUGUUGCUGAAGUCUUAGUAACAGCUGUGAGUAAUCCCAACAAUACCUUCGAUGUGAGCAUAGAUCCGGGAUCAGUCAAAGUAGCAGAAGGUCCAGUUCCAACUGCAGCACCUACAACUACUGUAUCCACUACUGCUGUAUCUACAACGGCUGAACUUUCAACUGCCGUAUCCACUACUACUGUGUCUACAACAGCUGUACCUUCAACUACUGUAUCCACUACUGUUGCAUCUACAACUGCAGCACUCACAAUAGCUAGAGUGUCCUUCAGAUCUGUUCAAAGCACAUUUACAGACGACUUGCUGAAUCCAUCAUCCACAGCUUUUAAAAAUCGAGAUGCAUUGAUAACAGGACAGCUUGAACGGGUCUUCAAAACAACAUUCCCCUCCUUCAGUGCCUUGAAAGUGGUGUCAUUCAAGUAAUUUAAUUUAUUUUCAGGUAAUAUAAUUUAGGAAUAGUGGACUUAAUCAGAUUUUUCAAACUAUAUUAUGGGUUUCUCUUUCUGCAGGAGUGGAUCAGUCAUCAACACCAUGGACCUUAGCUUUGUGGGUACACUUGCUCCUAAUAACACUCAGAUUACAAGCGCUUUGCUCAAAGUAGCUUCAAGCGUCAGCGGCUUCGACAUUGAAGGCAGCUCCAUCAGCGUGAAUGGCAUCUCUUCGGGUGGAGUAAGCCACAAAAUCAGUCUUGUCACUGCAUCCUGCCUGGUACUGUGUUCAUGGCUACUGUAAAGGAAGAAUACAUUUGUGCUGAUUUCAUUUUAAUUUAAAGUCAUGACAGUCAUGACUGGUGUGACAAGGGAACCUAAGACAGCUUCAAAUAAAUUUACUAUGAAUUGUAACUUUGCAAAACACGUAGAGAGGUUAAACAAUUGUGCAAUAAUAAAUAUAGUACAAUGGGAGGGUAUGUA